CAUGACAACCCUGGAUGAUAAGCUGCUGGGGGAGAAGCUGCAGUAUUACUACAGCACCAGCGAGGAUGAGGACAGUGACCACGAAGACGGAGACAGAGGCAGCGGAGCCCCGACAAGCAGCUCCAUACCUGUGGAGGCUGAGCUGGCCGGCGAAGGCAUUUCAAUCAAUACAGGUCCAAAAGGUGUGAUCAAUGACUGGCGCCACUUCAAGCAGCUGGAGACAGAGCAGACGGAGGAGCAGUGCCGGGAGAUGGAGCGGCUGAUCAAAAAUCUGUCUAUGAUGUGCAGGUCCAAUCUAGACGAAGAAGAGGAGCAAAAGAAACAGAAGGCCCUCCAGGAGAAAAUCAGUGGGAAGAUGACUCUGAAGGAGUUUGCUACAAUGGACAAGAACCUGGAUGACGAAGAGUUUCUGCAGCAGUACCGGAAACAGCGAAUGGAAGAGAUGCGGCAGCAGUUUCAGAAAGGGCCCCAGUUCAAGCAAGUUUUUGAGAUCCCCAGUGGAGAAGGAUUUUUAGACAUGAUUGAUAAAGAACAAAAAAGCACCCUUAUCAUGGUUCAUAUUUAUGAAGAUGGCAUCCCAGGGACCGAAGCCAUGAAUGGCUGCAUGAUCUGCCUUGCCACAGAGUACCCGGCUGUCAAAUUCUGCCGGGUAAGGAGCUCGGUUAUUGGGGCCAGCAGUCGUUUUACCCAGAAUGCCCUUCCUGCUCUGCUCAUCUACAAGGCGGGUGAAUUGAUUGGCAAUUUUGUUCGUGUCACUGACCAGCUGGGGGAAGAUUUCUUUGCUGUAGACCUUGAAGCUUUCCUACAGGAAUUUGGAUUACUCCCAGAAAAGGAAGUCUUGGUGCUGACAUCUGUGCGAAACUCUGCCACCUGUCAUAGUGAAGACAGCGAUCUGGAAAUAGAUUGAACUGAUAAGCUAAUUCCAUAGCUAUCUCAUUGUUUGGGCUGGAGGACACAUGUCGGUAUUUAUUUCUGUCCUUCCUGCGUCUUCUGGCUUUACAGCUGUCCUUCGUAGUCUCAUUUAGUAUACGGAAAGUCAAGAAAUUCUCAGACUGAAUCAGAGUACUGACUCACUUUGUGGCUAGCAGUAAAGUGACUUCAGAUUGUAUAAGCAGGAAGCUAGACUCUUGAGCUGUUUACUUCUCUAGCGUGACAUCUCUGAUACUGUUUCUAGUCAAUAUUGACAGGGCACUCUUGAAGGCAAUGUCUUGAAAAUUGUCUUCUGAUGACCUCAGAAUUUUACCAGGUCUGAGGGUAGACUUCCCUAGUGAGUGUUGUGUGCAAUAUAAAUAGUGCAUUUCCACAAUCACUUGAUUGAAAAUCAUGUUUACUUGUAAUCAGAUUCAGCUCUACUUUUUUUCCCUCUAGAUCCCUCUCUACCAGGUCUGACUUAGAGGCUCUGUACAAGGUUGGGAAUGCGGCACAGUGGUGAACAUUUACCUGGCAUAUACAGGGCCCCAAGAUAUCUGACUCCCAGCACUGUCAAAAGGGACAAACACAAGGUUUCAGGUUCCUGGUGCUGUCAUUGGCCGUGGCCUCUGCCGAGGGAGCAGUGAUCCGAUUAGCAUGGUGAAGUAUGAGCAGGAAAAAUGGCCUUUGCCGACUGCUCCUAUG